AUGGACAGCGCCACGGCCAUUAACGGCCACUAUACUCGCCCGGAGACUGUUCUGGACAGGCCAGCGUACUCGCUCACAGCAGUGACCCCUGAUGAGCUCGCAAGCGCGAACUUGAACUACAUGUACAUCUUCGACGAUCACGCCCCUUACCUGCAUAAGAAGAAACGUCCCAAGCCGAGCGGCGCCAACAAGUGGCUUCUUCCCGUGAGCGAUUCACUUGGUUGCGGCGGCUCUGCGACAAGCAACGCGGGGCGGACUUGCACGUGUAAUCUUCGCUUGUUCUGCAUUCUGCAGCAGUGGCAAGUGUGGUCCUUCAACUUCCCGGAUGUUGUUCAGCAUGUUCUCCGCUUUUGCAAGAUGCAAACCAGUAGUGUGGUUGGUUUCGCAGCCAGAAGUGCCCUGACGCGACUCGAAGUGAUCUGCCCUCCUCUUGUGAAACCACUCCUGCACCUCUUGAGGGUUCGAGAGGGCUUGCAGCUGGGCGUGUCUUUGUGUUUGAUGCUCACCAAUGGGCCCCUGAAGUUCCAGUCACGGGCCAGCGUCACUGCGUUGUCGGAGAAGGCAAGCCGAGCGAAGAAGGCCAGGGAGUCCAGUGAGCUGCCGAGAGAUCAUUACAUUCAGAGGAUAGCCUGGCAGGCGAUUGACCGAAACCGGAAAGCCAUCGAGAACCGCAUCCGAUACUUCCAAAAGGAAGAGGAGAAGAUUUGGAGGGAUCUGGAGGAAGUGAGGCGGCAGGCAGCGGCCAUUGAGGAGGGGCGAUCACGGACCAUCGAAAAGAAGCUGGCAGACCGAGCCAUCCAGCAGGAGAGAGACCUCCUACUUCAGCAGAACAGAGUUCGAGCUGCCCAAAACAGGGUCACCGUCUCUGACUACCGGAAGCAGCAGCAGCCAGAGCCCAAGGAACCACAGAAUGCGAAGGUCAGAGCCAAUAGAUUGACGGGUCCAGUUCGUAGAGUCCGUAUCAAGGCCGGGGAGCAGCAGAUUUUGCCACAGCCGGGCAAUGCUGGAACGGACUUGCAUGGGACUCACAUCUGGUUCACGGCCAGCCAGGAGCGCGCGGCGCGCAUCGAACGCAUGCGGGAGUUCCAGGAGCUGGAGCGACAGCAAGCCGAGCACGAGGUCAUGGAAGCAGAGUCCACGCUACCGGAACUGGAGGAGCAGGAGCUCAUCUGCCUGCAGCGCCUGCAGAACUCGCGCAUCGUCACCCAGUCGGUCCUUGAGGAGCUGGAGACUCGUCUUGGGUCACAAAGCUCCGUGACGACCCUGCUCCGUUCGAAGCAGGCAGAGAAGUGGCACCGCUUCGGACCAUAG